CUGCUCCCCUCGCAGAGGGGAAGUCCUGACACAAAGGCGAAGAGUCUCUCCCAGCGAGCCCGGCCGAGCCCGCACGGGAUUCGCCCCCGGCCUGGCUUUGACAGGAUGGCGGUGGAGCUGCGCGUAGCAGACGAGGACCUCAUGCAGGAAGCCAGUGUCCUCGAGCCAGAGGUGCUGUCCGCAGCUCUGGAGACCACGGACCGGGAGGAGCGCUCCCCACGCCGGUGCGUCCGCCUGCUGGAAUCCUGCCUCGGGCACCAGCUCCCCUGCUGCGACCCGUGUGCUACCUGCUACUGCCGCUUCUUCAAUGCCUUUUGCUACUGCAGGAAAAUCAACGCCACCUUCCCCUGUGGCAAGAACUCCCCCUGCAGGAAAAUCAACGCCACCUUCCCCUGUGGCAAGAACUAG